GAAGACCCUGCUCGCGUGUGGGAGCGCCGCGCUCCGCUCACCCCGACUGAGGUCGCCCAGCUCACCGCUGACGGCGUGCGCGUCCUCAUCCAGCCCUCGGCACGCCGAGUCUUUCCCAUGGCCGACUAUAUCUCGGCGGGCGCAGAGACCCACCCGACCCUCGAACCCGCCCACAUCGUCCUCGGCGUCAAAGAGCCCCCACUCGCAACCCUCCUCACCAGCCCUCUCCCUUCCCCCCUCCCUCAUCCCGCCCCCGCGGCCCUCGUCCCCCGCACCCACGUCAUGUUCUCCCACACCAUCAAGGGCCAGCCGUACAACAUGCCGCUCCUCUCACGCUUCCUCGCGGGCGGAAGUGCACAUCCGGGGCUCGAGCCGCGGCUGGUCGAUUACGAGCUGUUGACAGAUGCGGAGGGGAGACGCACGACUGCGUUUGGGUGGUUCGCGGGAGUGGCUGGAGCGUUGGAGUCCCUGUCAGCGAUGGCGCAUACCCACCUCGAGCGCGGUGUCGCUUCGCCGUUCCUCUAUACCCCGCGCCCUCAUUCAUCCCCGACCAUCGACGCGUUGCGCGCCUCCCUGCGCGUCGUUGGAGACCAAAUCCGCGCGUAUGGCACGCCUGAGAGCCUCGGGCCCUGCGUGAUUGGGAUCACAGGGAGCGGCAACGUCACGCAGGGCGUGCUCUCGAUUCUCUCCGAGCUUCCUGUCGUUGAUGUGAGACCGGAGCAGCUUCCUGCGCUGCUCGCCCAACAAGUGUACGUCGUGCACGCGACGCCGGAGACGUACCUCGCUCGCAAAGACGGCGGCGCGUACGACAGGGCGGACUACUACGCGCAUCCAGAAGCGUACCAGUCCGAGUUCCACACCAAGAUCGUCCCGUACCUCACACUCCUCCUCAACGGCGCCGGCUGGGCCCCCGCCUUCCCGCGCCUCCUCACGGCCGCGCAGCUCCCGCUCGCGCAGCGCCUCGCGGCCAUCGGCGAUAUCUCGUGCGACCUCGGCGGCGCGCUCGAGUUCGUGGACCGCGCGACGACGCUCGACGCGCCGACGUACGCGGUCGGCGCGGGCGGUGUCGCGGUCAUGUCGGUUGACAUCCUGCCUGCGAGCCUGCCGCGCGACGCGAGCGCGGCGUUUGGGGCGCGCGUGGUGCGGUACGUGCGGGCGCUGGUGGAUGAGUACCGCGGCGGCGGGGACGGGAACGGAAGCGAGGAGAUUGGGGAGGCGCUGGGCAGGGCGAGCGUCGCGCAGGGUGGGAAGGUGCGGGAGGGGUUCGAGCGGUUGGAUGAAAAGGUGCGUGCGUGGAGAGCGGGCGAGGAGGCAAGUCGCGCCGAGGGGGAGAAGGCGGCGGUGGCGGUGGCGGUGCCUGGGAGGAAGAAGCGGGUGCUGGUGUUGGGGAGCGGGAUGGUGGCUGGGCCGGCGGUGGAUGAGCUUGCGGAGACAGGGGACGUGGAGGUCGUCGUGGCGAGCAACUCGUUGGCCGAGGCCAUGCAGCUCGUGGUUCGGCACGCCAAUGCGCGCGCGCUGGAGGUCGACAUGGCGGACUCGGCGCACAUCGACGCGUUGGUGGGCGAAGCAGACGUGGUUAUCAGCUUGCUCCCCGCGCCCUUCCACCCGUCCGUCGCAGAGAUGUGCAUCGCGCAUAAAAAACACCUCGUGACGGCAUCCUACAUCUCGCCCGCGAUGCGCGCGCUCCACACUCGGCACUCGACUCCGUGCGCCCCCAGCGCGCUCGCGGCCGACGUCCUCCUCCUGAACGAGAUCGGGCUCGACCCCGGCAUCGACCACUGCUCCGCCCACGCGCUGCUCGCGCGCCUCCGGGCGGACGGCAAGCGCGUCGUCGCGUUCACGUCGUUCUGCGGCGGGCUCCCCGCUCCUGAGGCGGCCGAGGGCGUGCCGCUCGGGUACAAGUUCAGCUGGAGCCCGCGCGGGGUGCUCCGCGCCGCAGGGGAGGGCGCGCGCUUCAGGCUCGGCGGGAAGAACUGGGAGGUGCCGGGAGAGCGGAUGCUGCUGGAACACUUCCCCGACGUGCCGGUGUCGAAUGUGCUCAAGCUCGAGGGGCUCGCGAAUAGGGACAGCCUGCCGUACGCGGAGACGUACGCGCUCGGGGACGUCAGCAAGCUGCGUACGAUGCUGCGCGGGACACUCAGGUAUCCUGGCUUCGCAGCGCUCAUGCACUCGUUCAAGGCGAUCGGCCUCCUCGAGGCGACGGAGCCGAUCGUGAUCAACGAAUGGACCGACCUCGUCCGCAACGCGCUCGCGCAGAAGCUCGGCACGCCCGUCCCCGCGGGGCCCGCCUCACUUCUCUCCGCACUCUCCGAUGCCCUGCCCGCACAGCACGUCUCGGCGCUCGUGGACGCGCUGCAGUGGCUCGCGCUCGUCCCGGCGAUGCCGUCGUCCGCGCAUGCGCCCGCUUCGGCCUCGACGGCGGCGCCUCCCCGCAUCCCCCGCGCGCCGCUCCCCCCGGCGGACCUGCUCGCGCUCUACCUCGCCCACGCGCUGCGCUAUGAGCCACACGAGCGCGACCUCGUCCUGCUCGCGCACGAGGUCGUCGUGCGGCCUGCGCACGCCCCCGUGGAUGCGGACGCGGAAGAGGAGGUGCACACGUCGACGCUGGUCGUGUACGGCGACGCGCGCGCGAGCGCGAUGGCGCGCACCGUCGGGUUGCCCGUCGCGCUCGCGGCGCGGCGCGUGCUGGAUGGCGCCGUGCGCGUGCGCGGCGUGCGGGGCCCGACGGCGGAGGCGGCGGUGUGGCGGGGCGUGUUGGAGGGCCUGGAGGCGCGCGGGCUGGGCGUGAGGGAG